AUGAGAUCACUUACUGCGAUUGGUGAGUUACUGUUGUCAAAGUUUUUCUUCGAUACUCCAUCAGUGCUAAUUAGUGGUGUUGUAUUGUUAUACUAUGCGCGUUGGAUUGAACGAAGAUUCGGCAGUAAACAGUUCAUGAACUUUAUUAUAAUCAACAUUAUACAGUCAUUAAUAUUGGAGAUAUUGAUGUUUUAUUUGAUUCAUUUAUUAUACGGUUACAAUCCGUCAACAAUGUACUUCUCAUUGGGACCGUUGGCCUUGAUAAGUGCGCUGUACAUAAAUUUUGUGUCAGAAAUACCGGUCGUAUCAUAUGCGCAGUUGUUCGGCAUUCCGUUCUCUAUUCAUAAUCUUCCAUUCGUUAUGUAUCUGCAGCUGUUAGGUGUGAAUCGAUCGUCGAUGAUCGCGUGCGUGGCUGGUCUGUUGAGUGGACUCUGCUAUCGUUCGCUAUUUCUACCAAUUCACAAUCGCUUCAGUUUUAUUCCGUCGUUCAUCGCGCAAUUUCUACAGUCAACAUCAAAUCCCAUCGGGUGGUUGAUCAAUAAAUUCGCUACUUUCGGAGAGAACGAUAAAAGUGGUAAAAUAUUGCCAGUUGGUGCAACAGUUGAACGGCAAAGGAUUGAUGUGAUUGAUGAUAUAGAACGAAGGCUGAUGCUUAGUCAAAUGCAGCAAUUGCAUCGAAAUCAAGCAAAUGAUUCCGAUGGUGUUCUUCAGCUGCCAUUCUUAAAUCGUCUUUUUGGCAAUACUGGCUCAGAUUCAUCUUCGAGUCCAUCCGAAGAUCAAAUUCGGCAGUUGAUGUCGAUGGGAUUCAGUGAUAGGGAGAUGGUUAUCGAAGCACUACGUCAAAAUCGUAACGAUCCCUCGGCAGCAGCCAAUCAGCUGUUACAUCAGAACUGA